CAUUGCGUUUGAUCGGAGGGUCGUGAUCUAUGUGAAGCCGCAGGGGCCGCCCUCAGGUUUCUCUUUCCGCCCUAACGCCCCUCGCCUCUCCCACCACCGCUCUAUCUGCCUCUCCAGAAGGUUUCGAUCACAUAGAAAUCCCAUCGCGCUUCUCUCUUCUCUUUACCCUUGCCUCGCCGUUUACCCUACAGAUAGAAAAGCUAUUCCAAGGGUUCAAGAAGGGGAUCAUCGAAGGAGACAGGAGAUGCAAGGGGGGGAGGAGGAUGAGGAAGAGGUUCUGCGGUGCCAAAUCAACGAAUGGUACCCCAUGUUCAAGCCUCAUACUAUUCGCACCCUCUUCCACCCCCUCCCCGAUCCCUUCCUCCGCUACCUCCUCGGUCUCAACCCCGUCUCCCCACCUCCCCACGACGACUCCCACAGCGACGACGACGAUGACGCGCCGCCGCCGUUCCUCCUUCCCCGCCCCGCCUCCGGCCGCGACCCCCUUCCUCGCCCCGCCGCCGGCAUCGACCCCACCUCCCUCCUCGACUGCUCCUCCCAGCUCUCCGUAUCCGACGAAGACGAAGCGGAAGCUGACUCCGCCCCGUCGUUUCCCGAGCUCGAGGCGGCGGUCGAGCGGUCCAUUGCCGCCCUGGGCGGCGCCGCCUUCCCCAAGCUGAACUGGAGCGCACCCAAGGACGCCGCCUGGAUCUCUGCCGACGGCACCCUUCGGUGCUCCUCCUUCGCCGACGUCGCCCUCCUCCUCCACUCCUCCGACUCCAUCGCCCACGACCUCUCUUCCCGGCCACUCCCCUCCUCCUCCUCCUCCCCCCCUUUCACCUUUUACCUUGCCCUCCGCAAGUGGUAUCCUUCCUUCCGCCCCGAGAUGGAGUUCCGCUGCUUCGCCCGCCGCCGCUGCCUCAUAGCCAUAUCACAGCGCGAAGUCACCAACUUCUACCCGGCCCUUCUCGACCGCCGCCACCACCACAUCCUGCCCCUCAUCCAGGCCUUCUUCUCCGAGGUCGUGGGUCCCACGUUCGAGUCUGAGAGCUACACCUUCGACGUUUAUGUCACCAGUGACGGGCGGGUGAAGCUUAUCGACUUCAACCCAUGGCGCGCCUUCACAUUACCCCUUCUCUUUACCUGGGAGGAGUUGGAGGAGGAAGCAUUUAAUUCGGAGGAGGAAGAAGUAGACAAAGUGCAGGUAGAAGAAGAAGCAAGAUUGGUGGAGUUUCGGAUUGUCGAAAGCCAAUGUGGGGUGAGGCCAGGGUUGAAGACGGCUGUGCCUUACGACUACUUGGACACAGGGGAAGGAAGUGGGUGGGAUCAGUUCUUGAGGAGAGCCGACGAAGAGCUGAGGAAGCAGGCCAAGACAACUUUGCACCCCAGUGAUGAUGCUUAAAGAAAAACAAAAGAUCUUUCAACUUGAUUUCUUAUGGAUUUCUAACCAGGUCCAACUUACGACAGAAGUCUAUCAAUCGACUGAGGGCUUUGUUCGAGUACAGCACUAGUCAGGAUUUGUGGUUUUAAAAUGACAGGAAGAAAGAAUUCGUCAUUGACAGGAAGGUUAUGCAUCAUCUUCAUCGGAUUCAUUAUGACACAUAGAGGCCUUUCGAACCGGAAUAUACAGAAGAGCAGCAAUCACGCUUUGGUUCACUGGAGAUGUCUCCGGACAGACUAAUUCCUCCUGUUUGCAGUCUGCUGGAAAACAUAGCAAUUCAAACAAGUAAACUUCCUGUAGACUCAAACCCUGAAGGCCGUAAUAGAAGGAAGUGGCAAAGCAUUUUAAUUUCUUUGAUACACAACGCAUCCUAUAGCGAGGAAAUGAAGCUUCGACUAUUUGUACAGGCCAAAAGAAGCAGAGGAGAGAACAUGGAGAGGAUUCGGAAGAGAAAAGAAAGAGACCGAUACUGGAAACACGGACGGCGUUCACGUAGAGAUUGUGGCUAAUUGGUGGUCAUCGGAGCCUUCAUCGCCAAGGGGCUCCUUAUUGGCGAGCGUGGCGUGGGCACCUCCGAGACCCGUCAACCGUCCGCGUCGUAGUACAUGACCCCGGGGAAAUCCAGUAGCUAGCACGUCUCCCCCAUCAGUCUCCGCUGUCUUCCAGCUCGCCAUUGGCGUCCUCGUCCGUGGCCCUCUUCUUCCCGUGGGCGGAAGAAAUGACGCAGUACUGGUGGAAACCAGGGACAUCACCGCGUGGAGUAGCCCGAUCGGCAUGGGCCUGCGUGCUUGUGGAGCUCCUCGAGGACAGUCCGCCGAUCGCUUCCUGUGACGUCUUCCCUCCCUCAUACGUCGUACUUAUAAGCUAGAUGAGCAGGAAGGAAGGUCCGGGGUUCACGUUUCUUGCACUUGUGUCGUUUACAUGGAACCGUGUGUUCAUGAUCAUCAGGGGAUGACGGAUGACCACGAGAGAGAGAGACAAAGAAGACAAGGUCUCCGUCAACAGGUU